GCCCUCUCUUGCGUAUUAUUUCUGGAAAAUUUUCAAAUACUUCGUUUCUGGCGCCGCAUCGAAAUCAACGAGAGAUUCCGUCAGAUCGGUUAGCUUAAAAACGCUCACUCUCCGCGACGCCUUCUCUCAAAAUCAUCGCAGAUCUCCAGAGCGUGUGUGCGCCUGUGCGGUUUAUGCAGAUUCUCCAGAGCUUGUUCACUAGCGAUUAUCACAGUAACGUGCGUAGCAGCUUGAGAUUCUUAUACUUGAGGUUGACAUGAGGUGCAACGCCUGUUGGAGGGAAUUAGAAGGCCGAGCUAUUUCCACCACAUGCGGCCACUUAUUAUGUACUGAAGAUGCAAGCAAGAUUCUCAGUAAUGAUGGGGCGUGUCCCGUUUGUGAUCAAGUACUCUCCAAGAGUCUAAUGAAGCCUGUGGAUACCAAUCCAAAUGAAGAAUGGGUCAAUAUGGCGAUGGCUGGGAUUUCUCCACAAAUACUGAUGAAGAGUGCAUACCGAAGUGUAAUGUUUUACAUUUCGCAAAGGGACUUAGAGAUGCAGUGCAAGAUGAAUAGAGUUGUUGCGCAGUGUCGUCAGAAAUGUGAGGGUAUGCAAGCAAUGUUAAGCGAGAAAAUGGAGAAGGCGCAUGCAGCAUACCAGAAGAUGGCCAAGAGGUCUCAGAUGAUGGAACAAGAGGUGGAAAACCUGACCAAGGAUAAACAAGAGCUUCAAGAGAAGUACUCCGAGAAAUCAAGACAGAAGAGGAAGCUUGAUGAGAUGUAUGACCAGCUAAGAAGUGAGUAUGAGUCAGUCAAACGUACAGCCAUCCAACCAGCAAAUAACUUCUAUCCACGACACCAGGAACCUGACUUUUUCUCAAACCCACCAGUUCAUAUGAUGGAGAACAGAGAGCCCACUCGCAAAGACCGGUCGUUUUACUCUCCUGCAACACCAGGACCUAAAGAUGAGAUAUGGCCAGCAAGACAUAACAGUGCAAACUCGGGUCCAUUCGACAUAUCCAACGACUCACCCGCAAUUCCAUCUGAUCUUGGAAACAGAAGAGCAGGAGGUGGACAUCCUGUAUUUGGAGGUGGUGGCAAUGCUAAUCCGCAAUCGACUCUACGAAACCUUAUCCUCUCCCCUAUUAAACGCUCUCAGCUCUCUCGUUCUCGCCCUCAACUGUUCACGCUAUAGCAUAAGGAUCGAGUUCAAGUGUUUUCAACCUGCCUUGGUGGAAGUGGAAGCCAUAAUAAUCACAACCAGUAAGUAAGAAAAGGAAAAACUCUCGUCUUUAUAAUAUAAUAGUGAUAGAUCAUAUUUUAGUAGA